UGUGUCUGUGUGUGCGUGCGUGCGUGGGUGCGUGCGUGCAUGCAUGUGAUCAGAUCAAUGGCACAAAAGCCUAUUGAACUAACACAACAAUUAAGUAUAAAGGUCAUCAUGAUCAGUGACAAUCACUCUUUAUCACUUGCUAGUUGUGCCAAGGCAACAAUGGAGCUGCUCCCAUUGCUUGACAUUGAAAAUCAUUUCAGUCGUUCCGCAGCAUUCGGAUGGAUGGAUGUGUGGUGGACACAGUGUUUCUACGUGUCGGUUCUCUAUGUUGUGCUUGUUUAUUGGGGACAGAACAGAAUGAAAACGAAAAGGAAGUUUGGGUUGAGGAAGCCGUUGUUUUUGUGGAGUUUGAUGCUGGGGAUAUUCAGUGCGAUAGGAUUCUAUAAAAUCGGACUUCCAUUUAUUGAAGAGUGGUCAAGAACUGGAUGGCACGAAACAAUCUGCAGCAUCGAAUUCUACAAAGGUCACAACAACGGUCUCUGGUUCUUCCUCAUGACACUGUCGAAAUUCCCUGAGCUGUUUGACACUCUCUUCAUCAUACUACGAAAGCAGAAACUCAUCUUUCUCCACUGGUAUCAUCACAUCUCAGUCUACUGUCUCAGUUGGUAUUCGUAUGGCACACCCAAUGGACACACUCGUCUGUUUAUGAUUAUGAACUAUUUUGUUCAUGCUGUCAUGUAUUCCUACUAUGCAAUGAGAGCUCAGGGCUUUGUCAGGUUUCCACGUGUCGUCAGCAUCAGCAUCACAUUCCUUCAGCUUUCACAGAUGUUGUGUGGGAUCGGUGCUUGUCUCUAUUCUCUUCUGAUGCUGUUGAAUGGCAUCUCGUGCAAUGCUGAAUACUUGAACAUAUUCUGGGCUUCAAUGAUGUAUAUCAGCUAUGCCAUUUUGUUCGCUCAUUUUUUCUAUGUUAAUUAUGUCAAGAAGAGAGAGACAAAUUUGAGCUAAUGGGUAUAAGUGUACCCAAGCAGUUUUAGUGAUUAACUGGAGGCGCGCAUGCGCUAGGGUUACAUUAAUUAAUAUCAAUAUUAGAAGUUAGGUCAUCUAUGACGUGUUAUCAAUUGAUCACUGAUUGAUAUCAAA